AUGGUGGGGCCUUAUCGGAUUGGAUUGACGUCCAGUUCAGUGUACUCCGAGCGUGGGCACUUGGAAGACGUUGCGAACCUCGCCCUCGCUAGGGCUACAGUUCCUUCACAACACCAACGAGGGAUCGAUCACGACAGGAGCAAAGAGGAAGAGGAAGAAGCCGUUGAAUCUGAGGAGAAAGUCUUCACCGUUAGCAAAUGGAUUCGUUCUCUGUUCAAAGGACUCGUCGAUUCCGAGUUCGAGAAGAAGAUUCAAGUAACUCAGCAUGACCGGCAUGCGACACAAAGACCCGAGAAUGAUAAUUGUCAUGUUGCAGAUGCCGGCCCUCCGCUGCGGUACAACUUCCGCGACGGCGUCAAGAUCCCAUACGUCAAACGACAAUCGGAAGUCUUCUUAUAUCCCCGCGCCGAAAUCUACAUUAGUAGAGAACACAGAGCUCGCUAUCCGCAGCUGGUGAACAUCCUGAAACUCGCCGUGGAACAAAAUGCCAAGUUGGCUAAGGAUCGGAACUGGAUCGUCGGCACGGCUUAUUCCUUGGCUAUGUGUGGAAAGGACAUGAACUCAGCUGUUCCAUCUGUGGUGGUAUUCUGUCCUGAGGGAGACAUGGAUAAAGUGAAACAACUGCAGCGCACAUUGGCCCAGGAUCACGUUGCUGCCCAGUACGACGGCCCAACAGCUCCCAAGUUUCAGGUCUACGUUUGGGCAAGCUCGUACACGCUGUGUGGAGGAACAGACGAUCAAGUCAAUAUUCAAAUCGACUACGAACGGUCCAUCUGCGGCGCUGUGGUCACCAGCCACAUGUCUGGCGAGAGACUGUGCACAGUUGCCGCCGUCCUUAAAAUUGGGUCUUCCCUCUAUGUUGAAGGACAAAUACUGGGCCUUGGCCACUCCAAGGCCUUGGAACCAACAGGGACGGCUGAAAGGCCAGUGGUAUGCAGCGUUGUACGAGUUCCAGAGGACAGCAAUUGGACCGAUGAGGAGGCGAACCUCGACUUUGCCCUCAUACCCCUUCCUGACGAAAGGCCCUGGAUGAACAACUCUUACAAACUGACCUACGAGAACAGACGGACGGCUCAUGUGUCUAUCGACUGUACCCCGGCCAACCGACCCAGUCGAUCUCGCUACGUCCGGAUUCUGACGUCAAACACUGAACCGAGAUUUGGCAUGAUCCAACCGGCUCCAUCAUUCGUCUCAAACUCGUCCAAGGGCGACCACCUCUGUGAAGUCUGGGUUGUUUCAGUCAUCUCUGGAGGCGUGCCGAGUAUGGGAGACUCGGGGUCUCUUGUUGUCGACGUUGAAACUUGCCAGCCUUACGGGCAUGUUAUAGCAGUGAACCCCCUUGAAGUCUACGUUGUGCCGCUUCAAAAUACGCUGCGUCAAAUCGAGAAGAUGUUCAACUAUGAUCGCGUUGAACCAUUUUCCCCCGAGUCCAAGCCUUUCACCCGUAAGAGACGGUCGAUGCAGGUUCGCGAUGCAAGCAGUGGAUGGCUUGGGAAACUUUUUAUUGCUGUUUGCGAGGGAUUGGUGCGCCGUAUGCUCGGAUUUUGA